GCAGCAAAGAAAUUUUUCCGUUGGAUAUUACCGGCUAAUAAUCGGAUACCGGAUAAUAAAACAAUGAAAAUAUUCAGUUCCAUUCAAGCAUUUACAGCAUGUUUUGCCGGAUUUGCACAUGGUGCUAAUGAUGUCGGAAAUGCUAUAGCACCAUUAACAGCAUUAAUAUCAAUUUAUUCAAAUUUGGAUGUACGACAACAUGCUGAAACACCAAUUUAUGUAUUACUGUAUGGUGUAUUUGGUAUAUGUGUUGGUCUUGUGGUACUUGGACAUCGUGUCAUACGAACAAUUGGUACUGAUAUGUCAACAAUUAAUGCUGCAAGUGGUUUUACAAUUGAAUUUGGUGCAGCAGUAACUUCAUUAACAGCUAGUAAACUUGGUCUACCAAUUAGUACAACUCAUUCAUUGGUAGGAAGUGUAAUAUUUGUUGGAUUGGUACAUGCAAGGAAAGGUGUCAAAUGGUCAAUAUUUCGAAAUAUUGUCUUAUCAUGGAUCUUAACUUUACCUAUUUCAGGCCUUAUGUCGAUGGGUUUGAUGUUAAUUUUGAAAUUUUUACUUUAA